AGAUGGCGACGCCGGGAAGCGAACCCCAACCUUUCGUCCCUUCCCUGUCGGUGUCUGCUCUGCCCCCACAUCAUCACGCCCACCACCACCACCAUCAGCACCACGGAGGAACCGGAGCCAACGGCGGGGUUGGGGGAGGCAGCGGUGGCGGCAGCGGGGGCUUCAACCUGCCCUUGAACCGGGGGCUGGAACGCGCUCUGGAGGAAGCUGCCAACUCCGGGGGAUUGAACCUCAGCGCCAGGAAAUUGAAGGAAUUUCCCAGGACCGCGGGGCCCGGGCACGAUCUCUCGGACACGGUGCAGGCAGAUUUAUCUAAAAACAGACUGGUUGAAGUUCCAAUGGAAUUGUGCCACUUCGUGUCACUGGAAAUUCUUAAUCUGCAUCACAAUUGUAUCAGAGUCAUUCCUGAAGCCAUCGUUAAUCUGCAGAUGCUGACCUACUUAAACUUGAGUCGAAAUCAGCUGUCCGCCCUGCCCGCCUGCCUGUGUGCUCUGCCUCUCAAAGUCUUAAUCGCAAGUAACAACAAGCUUGGAUCGCUGCCGGAAGAGAUAGGUCAGCUCAAACAGUUAAUGGAGUUGGACGUCAGCUGCAACGAGAUCACAGCCUUACCGCCACAGAUCGGGCGGCUGAAGUCGCUGCGCGAGCUCAACGUCAGAAGGAACUACCUGGAGACGUUACCGCAAGAGCUCGUAGAUCUGCCCUUGGUCAAGUUUGACUUUUCCUGCAAUAAAGUGCUCGGGAUUCCCAUUUGCUUUCGAGAGAUGAAGCAGCUGCAAGUACUGCUACUUGAAAAUAACCCUUUGCAGUCUCCUCCGGCACAGAUUUGCACAAAGGGCAAGGUGCACAUAUUCAAGUACCUGAGCAUCCAAGCCUGCCAGAUGAAGACAGCCGACUCCCUGUACCUGCACUCAAUGGACAGGCCGCAGUCCCAGCAGCACGUGGAAGACAGCAAGAAGGACUCUGAUUCGGGCGUCGGGAGCGACAACGGGGAUAAGCGGCUGUCGGCCACGGAGCCGUCGGAUGAAGACGCAGUCAGCCUCAACGUCCCCAUGUCCCACAUCAAGGAGGAAGAGCAGGUUACCAAGGAGGACUCGUGCCAUCGCCUGAGUUCAGCAAAAGGGGAAUUUCGUCAGGAAUUUUCACCUGAGGCUUCCCUGGUGAGCGACAGGAGCAACUCAGGAGAAGCAAGAGACCAGUUUACCCACGGAUCUGACGUCCUCCGCCCGGAAUUUAUAAACUACAUGAAGGACAGGGCGGACGACUGCGAGGAGCCCUUGCGGAUAGAAGAGGACACGCCCUGGCAGACCGAGGAGGCGGCGCGCCUGUCGGGGGGCCCGGAGGUGGAAGCGGCGGCGGCGGCGGAGCCACUGAGAGACGCAGGGGACUUGCCGCACGAUCCCAGCAGCUUUAGAUUGAGCACGGACGCCGCAGAGAGAAGCUCUGUGCACUUUCGGCCCAAUGAAUCCACAGGAGCCUUCGAAAUGCAAGACUCUGCACUCAACGGUGAGAUGCAGCUGGAGACCUCUCCGGGGUGCGAGGUGCAAGAUGACCUGGCAUCACAGAGUAACGGGAGUGACUAUUCUCCAAAUGAGGUUAGAGAGAACUUCCCUGCAGUCUCUCCCGCCACCCACAGCACAGCUCCGUUUGGCCUGAAGCCGCGAUCAGUGUUUCAAAGACCUCAGAGAAAUUUGGAGUCUAUAGACCCACAGUUUACAAUUCGGAGGAAAAUGGAACAGUUGAGAGAAGAGCAAGAACUGGUGGAACAACUCCGUGAGAUCAUCGAGGUGAGACUCAAGGUCAGGCUGCACGAGGACCUAGGGGCCGCGCUCCUGGACGGGGUCGUCCUCUGCCACCUGGUCAACCACAUCCGCCCGCGAUCCGUCGCCAGCAUCCACGUGCCCUCACCAGCAGUGCCCAAGCUUAGCAUGGCCAAAUGCAGAAGAAAUGUGGAAAACUUUUUGGAAGCAUGCCGAAAACUAGGAGUACCAGAGGCUGACCUCUGCUCUCCCGGUGACAUCCUGCACUUGGACUUUCGUCACAUUCGAAAGACUGUUGACACCCUGCUGGCCGUCGGGGAGACAGCCCCGCCGCCACCUCCUGCCCUCCGCGCCAGGGACCUUCUAAGCCUCUUUCUUGUACACAUUCUCUGUGUGGUGCUGAUCUAUGUCACCUACCACUGGAGCACUCUGUCCGCAUAGCGUCGCCCGGCGGCCCCGCCGCCUGCUCUCCCUCUGGC